CCAUUCCACGGGGAAGCUGCAGUGCGAGUAACCUCUGAAAUUCCCAAGAAAUCCAUCAAAUGUAAUUAAUAUAAACCCAUAACUCUUUCGUCCUCCUCUAUCGCUACUAACCCAAAAUGGCGAGGGAAAAUCAACCGGAGUUCAUCCUGGAGAUCGUCGUGCUUUCAGCGGAGGGACUGGAGACAACCUCUUUUACUCUCUUUUCACGCCGUAUCAGACCCUUCGUCGCCUUCACCAUGGUACCACCCAGUCGGAAGAAGUGUCGCGUGUACAAAACAAGGGUGGACGAUGAAGGCGGGACCAACCCCACCUGGGGCGACAAGUUCCGUAUCCCUCUGGACACCACCUUCUUUGCAAACGGAUACUCCGCCAUUUAUCUCCGGUUAUACACCAAGAGGCUUAUUGUGGGUCAGGUUCAACUGGGUUGGUGUCAGAUUCCGGUCUACGAUAUUGGGUCGCCGCCGGUUGGGUCCGUCCGGUACUUGAGUUACCGGCUGCGGGUUCGAGACGGUUCAAGGUGCCAUGGGAUUGUCAACCUUGCCAUAAAGUUAGAAAGUUUAGCCUCCGUUGCAGGACAAAGGGUUGUAGCUUCGGGGGGGUCACCGACAAAUGACACGUCUCGAACGGUAAUUGGAAUACCGGCGACGUUGUUCACACCCAUGGGGGAGUGCGAGGGGAUUAUGUGUAUGUCAACCACAAGUUAGAUCCUAGUUGAAAAGAUGUUUUGAGUGGAAAAUGAGUGGAAAAUGUGAGAAAAUAAUUUUCCUGCGUGUAAUGGCAUCGAAUAUACUGUGUCAAUGAUUUGGGUGUGGGGUUUGAAGUCUGAUUACUGCAUAAUGGGGGUCAUUUUCUUGUGUCCCUAGUCGGGAAAAAGCAUGACCCUUUACCAAGACAGAGCAACUUCGCAAACCGCAAUCAUUAGUUGUUUCUGAUAUGAUGGGGGUGUAUUGUUGCGUUAGUUGGCUUGCUAAAUUAAUAGUUUUCCUAAGUUGUCCUA